AUGGCUACCACAAAGCAACUUUUAUCUGACCUGGUGUCUGGUGUAAGCUCUGUACCCUCGAACUACAUACGGCCCAUAUCCGACCGUCCAAAUCUUGAUGAAGUUUCUCUUGACAAUCCCAUUCCUCUGAUUGAUCUCCAAGGCCUCAAUGGCUCAAACCGUUCUGAUGUUGUCAAAGAGAUUGGCCAAGCUUGCAAGGAGUAUGGCUUCUUUCAGGUUAAAAACCAUGGGAUUCCGGAAGAGGUGAUAAAGAAGAUGUUAUGCCUGUCAUGGGAAUUUUUCCAUUUGCCUGAGAGUGAAAGAAUGAAGAAUUACUCCGAUGAUCCUAUGAAGACAAUGAGACUCUCCACUAGUUUUAACAUAAAAACUGAAAAAGUCUCCAACUGGAGAGAUUUCUUAAGACUGCACUGCCACCCUUUAGAGGAUUACAUAAACGAAUGGCCAACCAACCCUCCAUCUUUCAGAGACGAUGUCUCUGAGUACAGCAAGAACGCUAGAGGGUUAGCACUGAGACUGCUUGAAGCGAUCUCGGAGAGCUUAGGCCUGGAAAGGGAUUACAUAAACAAAGCACUAGGCAAGCAUGGUCAGCACAUGGCAAUUAAUUAUUAUCCUCCAUGUCCACAACCAGAGCUUACCUACGGGUUACCAAGCCAUGCUGAUCCUAAUGCAAUAACCAUUCUCCUUCAGGAUGACGCUCCAGGUUUGCAGGUUCUGAAAGAUGGCAAAUGGCUGGCUGUCCCUCCGAUUUCAAACACCUUCAUUGUCAAUAUUGGCGAUCAAAUGCAGGUGAUCAGCAACGGUCGUUACAAGAGCGUGUUACAUCGAGCCAUAGUGAAUAACAGCAAGGAGAGGAUCUCAAUCCCAACCUUUUAUUGUCCAUCACCUGAUGCUGUGAUGGCACCAGCCCCACGUCUGAUCAACGAUCACGAUCCUCCCCUCUAUAGGAACUUUACAUACAGUGAGUACUACCAGAAAUUCUGGAACCGGGGGCUUGCAACCGAGACAUGUUUGGACAUGUUUAAAAACUCAAACCCUUAAGCUAGAGACAUGAUGAGCGUUUACCUUCCUAAACUUCAGU